AUGGUCAAAAAGACUAAAAAACAGAAGCUCAGCUUCCCUGAAGUCCAAGGAUGGGUGCCAUACAAGGCAUUUUCUAAGAAAAAACUCGAAGUAGAAAGUACGGAAUCUCAGUACGCAGAAGCUCCAAAGGACUGGAAAGAACCAAAAUUCAAUCCUGAAGAUAAUCCACAUGGCAGACUCUUCGCCUCAUCGUCAUAUGUUACUUUAUUUCCAAAGUAUCGUGAAAAGUAUUUGAUUGAAAUUUGGCCUGCAUUAAAAAGGAUAAUGAUGGAACAUCAUAUUCGCGUAGAGUUGAAUGUGGCAGAGAGUACAAUGGAGGUUCGAACAACACCUAAAACAUUCGAUCCAUUUAUUAUCCUAAAAGCACGUGAUGUUACACGUUUAUUGGCUCGUUCUGUUCCAAUGGAACAGGCUAUACGUGUUUUAGAUGAUGAAUUUUUUGCAGAUAUCAUCGAAAUUAAUUUAAAUAAUCGUGAAAGAUUUGUUAAACGACGCAAUCGACUUAUUGGUCAUGAUGGUGAAACAUUAAAAGCUUUGGAAUUAUCUACUAACUGUUAUAUAGUUAUACAAGGAAAAACUGUAGCUGUUGUUGGCCGGUACAAUGAUUUAAAAGAAGUACGUAGAAUUGUACAAGGAUGUAUUUAUGAUAAUACCCAUCCUGCUUAUUCUAUUAAACGAUUACUUAUUAUAAAAAAGUUAUCUAUGGAUCCGACAAAACACGAUAUAUCAUGGGAUCGUUUUCUGCCUAAAAUGAAAAAGAAAGUACUUAGUCGUCGAAGAAAACCUCAUAAGGUACGUAAAAAGAAGGAGUACAAUCCAUUCCCUCCGCCACCAGUUCAAUCGAAAAUUGAUAUUGAACUUGAAAAAGGUACCUACUUUUUAGCUGAAAGUGAACGUAAACGACUUAAAAUGGAAUCGGUUAUAACAAAAUCGAAUAAAAUUUCUAAAGAACGUCAAAAAGCUAAACGUGCAGCUGUACUUAUCCCUCCAGAAGAAAGAAAUAACAAUAAUAAUACAGAUGGUGGUGGCAAUGAAUCGAAAAGGAUGAAAUUAGAGGCUAUUUAA